AAGUCAUUUAUUUCUCUUAAGUUACAUAGGCUAAUUUACACACAGUGUUAUUACUAUGCCAAUAGCCAUCCUUUGUUACAUCCUUUUUGAGUGAAAUGAUCAAUAAAUGUCAUAUGUUACACUUUUGGUGAAGUUUUUUGUGUUUCCUGCAAAACUUGAAAAAAUUAGUUAGGCGAUCAUUUUAACAGGGUGACGAUAUGAAAGCAGUUCGCAUAUCUGUAAUACAGCUAUAGGCCUAUAACAAAAUAUAUUGAUUGUGAAACAAAAUAAACGUAGCCUAAUUUUAAAACAUUUUUGGGCUCAACCUAGGCUAUCUGUCACGGAGUGUUUUGGGGUUAUCAAAAGGGGGCUGAACCUCUUCAGUUUGAGUGCUUCUUUUUUAUUUUUUUUAUUUACGGUGCUGUCUCUCCCUCUGCAGGUAAAUGAGAUACAGCUUUAAAGCCAGAUAGGGAAAUCAUCAUCACCCCGUUAACGAUACAGUCACACGUUUCCCCUUUCAACUUGCACCCUUGAGGACGUUAGAACUCCUGCUGAAACCUCCGGACAGCGUUGGGAAGGUCAAACUGCGGCUUUGCUUCCCGCCCGCGGUCUCCACACCUCCAGUCCGCGGUGCUCGCUCGCGUCCCUGCCGCAGCUGCAGGGGUGGAACCCGGACUGACCCAAGCCGAAGGUUCGCUGGUGUUUCCGCCGCUUCUGCUGCUCCACGCUCCGGCUCAGCGUCUGGACCAUGGUCGGUCCGCAGUCAGCCUGCUGAGGGGGAAUGGAUUCCCGCCGUUAAAUCGGCCCCAUCGAGAUAGUGUGAUGUAUCUCUCCUCCCCCUGGCGGGCUGCGAGGCCAUGAGACUGCGAGGCGGGCGGGAAUUCAACCCUGACUCCUACCUGGAACUGGCCCCUCCUCCUCCUCUCCCUGUCGCCUGGAUUCCUGGCGUCCUCAGAAAGGGCGUGCGCCUCCGUCUGCGUUUGGAUCGCAGAGAUGACCGCGGGCGGGGCUGCUGGCAACUGGUUGACUUGGAGGCGGAGUCAGAGCCGGUUGGGCGGAGGCUGAGGAGCCAGACCCCCGACACCUGCGCUCAAAGUCUGAUGAGUACCUUGUCUGCCGGCUCAGAGAUGCAGACUCCCGCUCUCGGCCCACAGUUCAUGGCGGGGCCUCAGGGUAAGGUCCCUGGGAGGAAGAGAGGCCGGCCUCCUAUUCGUAAGCUGGAGUUCCAGAGUCACUACGUAGAGCCUCUGUCACCUCUCAAGGUCCCGAAGAAGAGAGGCAGGAAGCCGGGCUUUAAGCUGAAGCCCAGGAUGGUGAUGUCCCCACUAGCUAACUCUCCUCCCAGCAGCACACCAGAACCUGAGCUGGGCUCAAUCCCACAGGAUGCUGCUAUUGUCCCCCACUCUGCCACGCCGCAGGUCCUCACAGCAGAGACCUCGAUGCCCGAUGACUUCCUAUGUGACCCGCCGGUGGACUCCAAACGUUACGCUGUGGAUCCCAGCGACUCUGCCUUCAAUGUCAUGACAUCACAGUACCCGCCAAAGCACUCCUAUGGGUACCGUGGCAGCAGUUGCUCUACCCCAAUGGGCCUGUGCAGACAAGCAUCGAGUCCAGCAAGCUUCCAGGACGUAAACAGGAAUGCUUACAGUCCAGACUCUGGAGAGAGCAAGCGUCCUGCUGGUAAGGACCCGUCCAGCUGGGGUGUGGAGGAGGUUGUUUGGUUCAUCAAAGAUGCUGACCCCCAAGCCCUCGGACCCCACGCUGAUACAUUCAGGAAGCAUGAGAUAGACGGGGACGCUCUGCUCUUGCUAAAGAGUGAGAUGAUGAUGAAGUAUCUGGGACUGAAGCUGGGACCUGCACUCAAACUCUGUUACCACAUCGACAGGCUUAAACAGAAUCGGUUGUGAUUUCCUGCGAAGGAGCCAAAACCCUCGGAUGACCUUUCACUAAAACUGUAUCACUGCUGAUUCUCUCAAACAUCCUCAACCAUCAGCAAUACAUCAUGAACGCCUUUGGAUCCAGAUUGUGUUGACAAAUUGGACAUGUUGACUGUACAUAUUAAGGCUAUUUGCAGCUGAAGAAAUGAUUUCAUUUCUGUCAUUGUUUACCGGGUAUCUGAAUGGCUUUAGAUUGUAAAUAGUUUGCCUCCACGAAGAUGGCAGCUACUGUAUAUUGAAACAUGACCUGUCCACUCUUCAGUCUGCAUCUGACUCUCAACAGCACAGAUCUGUGCAGAUCUUAAUCAUGGACACCUCUGAAGACCUACAGAGACAGGGAGCCUAACAAACAUGUAUGGUGCUUUACCUCAAUAUUAUAUUUAAACUUAAAGAAGUCUUUUGGUUAAAAGGAUAGUUCAGAGUUUAUGAAGUGGGGUAGUUUGAGGCACUUAGUCAGUGUAUUACCUAUAGUAGAUGGCAGUUGGCAUGCCUCCAGUUUGGAGAAACAGGCAGGAAUACUGGCAGUUAGCCGGCUAAACAUCCAUCUCAGUGCUAGUGUAUGCUAUAUUUAGAAUAUUUUCACAGCUUUACUUUUCCGCUAGACAGUCCUGUUUAAGUUUAUGUGGAGCGUAACUGAAACUGUUCUCUGCUCUCUUUAAAGCUACCAGACUCCGUUGACAAAAACGGUCAUUUUAGCUUGGAGAACAUGAGAGUUUUUGGUCUAUUCCUUUUAUGUAGUUUGUUUUUGUGUAAUUGUGUGACUUUGGUGAAUCGGAAAUAGCCCUUUAAAACACCAAAAUGACACAAUAACACAAACAAACUAGCAGCAGAACAGCAACUCCUGUGUUCUGCAUGGUAAAAUGACUGUUUUUGUCAAUGGAGUCUGGUGGCUUUGAGGAAGGCCCCCUGCAUUAACUUAAACAGUAAAAAAAAAAGAAAAGCAAUACAUUGAGAAUCCAUAGUACCUCAUACAACCCCACCUCAAAUAAUCUGAACUAUCCAUUUAAGGCACAAUGCUGCUGCAGUUUUAAAAUAAUAGUUUCGUGUAAUAUGAUGACAAUGUUUACCCAGGUAUCACUCCAAGACACAAACUGUAACUUCUAACCAAUCUCUCAAACUCUUCAGCAAGUAUUGAAAUCUUUUGAUUUCUUUUUAUACUGAAACAUGAAAAACUUCAUCAUAAACUAGCGAUGCAUCACAAAAUGUGAGACAAAGGAAUUUGCUAACAUGAACAUUUUAACCACAAACCACAGCACAGCACAACAGUGAAGCGAUAAGAUUUUGCACCAAUGAGAGGUGCAUAUUAUCAUGCAGCGCUCAUAGUGACAGGAAAGGCAGGAGACAAAGACAGAUGCUGACUGAUGUUUUUCACCUUGUUCUCAUGAAUUGUACAUCAUGUUACACAGAAGUGGUGUGACAGAAAGCAACUUGUAGCAAACUCAUACAACUUGGUGCUCACUGAAACCGUUACUGCCACUACAACCACAACACUUAACAGUUUAAUCACUCUGCUCCGACGCUUCAUCACUAUCAGCGUGUGAUUUCCAGAAUACCUCUUCACUCAUUUUCAAUAUAAAUGUAUCUGUUUUGCUCUGUCAAAUGAUAAAACAGUAUUUUAUCUCCAAACUGUAAAAACUGACAAACUAUUAAAUGUCUUGAGCAUUAAUAUUAACAUUUUUGAAGCCACCAAAUACAGUUUUGUCAUAUAGAAUUGUACAAACAACUUGUAUACACAUUAAUGAUCAGUCUCAUGCAGUAUAUGACAAACUCAUACAACUUACAAUGUCAAAUACAAUGCUUUUUCUGACUGUACAGUACUCACUUUAAUUCUUUGUGUUCUGUGUGUUUUUUAAAUUCCAUAAAAUUGUGCCACACUUAUGUGAGCGCAGCAUGUAUGUGUACGUAUGAAUUAUGUAUUUCAUGAUUGUCUUUAGCCUGAGGGAGCUAAACUUUUACAUUUCAUUAUUAUUUACUUUUUUUUAUAUACCUUUUUUGAUCUGAGAAUUUUCUUUUGGUGAUUUGAAAUGAAGCAAUUGUGAUGCACAGGAGCUGGCAACCCAAAUUAGAAAUGUCCAAAUGUCUUCAUCAUUUUUUUUAAAUCUUGCCUGUGACCCAUUUUAAAUCGAUUUUAACUCGCUAAUAACUUUGUUUUUCUUUUUAAUAAAAUGUUUUUAAAGCAUACUUUUUCCAGAGAAAAUAAACCUUGUUCAUUGAA